AUGCAGGCUAAAGAGCUUAAACUAAAUUACAAUCAAUCUAUCUAUCUAUCUAUCUAUCUAUCUAUCUAUCUAUCUCAUUCUGUUUGUUAUCUAUAUAUCUAUCGUUUUAUUUCAGUCCCUUCGUUAUCUAUCUAUCUAUCUAUCUAUCUAUCUAUCUAUCUAUCUAUCUAUCUCAUUCUGUUUGUUAUCUAUAUAUCUAUCGUUUUCUUUCAGUCUCUUCGUUAUCUAUCUAUCUAUCUAUCUAUCUAUCUAUCUCAUUCUGUUUGUUAUCUAUAUAUCUAUCGUUUUAUUUCAGUCUCUUCGUUAUCUAUCUAUCUAUCUAUCUAUCUAUCUGUCUCAUUCUGUUCAUUAUCUCACCUCUUCAUUAUCUAUCUUUUUAUCGCAGUCUGUUAUUAUCUAUCUAUCUAUCUAUCUAUCUAUCUCAUUCUGUUUGUUAUCUAUAUAUCUAUCGUUUUCUUUCAGUCUCUUCGUUAUCUAUCUAUCUAUCUAUCUAUCUAUCUAUCUAUCUCAUUCUGUUUGUUAUCUAUAUAUCUAUCGUUUUAUUUCAGUCUCUUCGUUAUCUAUCUAUCUAUCUAUCUAUCUAUCUAUCUAUCUAUCUAUCCCAUUCUGUUUAUUAUCUAUCUCAUCCUUCUGUUCAUUAUCUAUCUAUCUAUCUAUUAG